AUGAUCAAGAAGAAGCUGGAUUCCCAAAUUGGUCAAUUGCACGAUGUAUUGAUGCCAUCAUUACGUACUGAAUGUGAGCUCGAGGUGCUUCGAAAGGAAUGUGAUCGACAACGGCAUCUGAUCGGUGCGUUGGAGACAGAGGUGUUCGGUGCCCGGCUAGCCGCCAAGUACCUUGACAAGGUAAUCGUCUAUUUCUUUUCUUUUUCUGACCUUUUUCUUCAUAAGAAGAAUUGGCCGGCCGUAUUCAACAAAUUCAGCUGCUGGGACGGAAUAUGCGUGGGGUCGAGCAUGACCGUUUGUGGAAUCAGCUGGAAGCGGAAAUUCAUCUUCAUCGUCACAAAACCGUCAUCCGAGCGUGUCGGUGAAUCUUUAGGGAAGAUUACCCCGCCGCCUAAACUAAGAGUUUCAGGGUCGCGGUCAAAACCGAAAGGCCUUCCUACACCGCCGAUGAAUGAAUGCAGUCAACCGAUGAAAAGGAGGCGAGGAGUCGGUGACACUAGGAAAGUCGUCCUGGCUAAACAACCGCACGAAGGACUAGGAAUAUCGAUUACGGUAAGUAUGGGCAUAAUCUGA